AUGAUCACUAGAAUGAUUUCCACUCAUUCUCAAGAACUCGAAGACCUCUAUGACGCCAAAAUCAACGCGCAUUUCGCCGAUAUACGUCUUCUGCGCGAACAACGCAACGCGGACUGUAGCAAGACGAGAAACCUACCUCCAGAGAUACUAUCGACGAUAUUCGGCAUCUUGCAUAGCGAGAUAACACAAUACUCUUACCAGGAGUGGAUUGUGGUCACCCAUGUCUGUAGCACUUGGCGCAAUAUCGCACUGGACGACCCUUCGCUGUGGAGCGAUAUCACUGUUGUACCCACCAAUUGGAUUCCGGAAGCCUUCGCGAGGUCCAAAGCAGCUCCAUUAACCUUGGGGCAGGGUGGCUUUUACGAUAGAGGAAAGACACUCGACUUCAUUUACAAGCACGUAGCCGAGCACCCCGAGCGAAUCAAAAGGUUGUACAUCCAUGGCGAGGAGGACUUCAUCAACACCCUUACCAAGCCCGCUCCCUUCCUGGAACACGUCGAUAUCUCUCCGGAUAUGGAAUUUCCCCCAGACUUCCUCGGUGGAGUUGCACCCCGCCUAAAGUCUGUUUCUUGCCAGAGUCUGCCCCUUGAAGCCACUUGGCUCGCAAAUCUGACAAGGUUAGAGUGUUUCCAAGUGCAUCUUGGAGCGGUCUAUAUGUCGAACUUAAUCUCGCUUGAACUUGGCUAUGAUUGGGUUGCUCUGGAUGCAGCGGGCGGAGUCAUCCACUGCGUAGACAUCGACCUCCUGCUCUCAGCAUUGCAGAAUAUGCCGUUACUGCAGCAGUUGUGCCUCACUCUCCCCAGGAAUAUGAGCAAUGCUCCCAGCAACCGUUCGGCACCAAUACACCACCAUCACCUACGUGAUAUCACUGUUCACCUUCGCAAACCGAAGUCAGCCGUCAUAUUCAAUCAUCUCAGAGUGGAUAGCAUUGAAAGGCUGGAAAUAACUUGCCCAAUCGAUUUCAAAGACACGGCCAUGAUCGAGCCCGUGUGCCGCUUCUUCAACAUGUGCUACCAUGGUAGUAACUUAUCAUACUAUUUACUUCAGGACGGGCGUGAUUUGGAGAUGCAUCAGUUCGUAGGCUCUAUCCACACACCUGUCCUACUCUUCAAAUGCCUUCGACCAACUGAUCUGGUGAGCGUGGUAAAUCUACUCCCUCGCUGCGUGCCCCGUAUCCUCGCUAUGCAUCGAAAACUCCCUCCCAAGUUUCCUCUCGCCGAUUGCGACACUAUUGAAGAACUUCAACUUCAGAUCAUCUCCGAAUACUCAACAUCUGCCUUCUUCGAGUUCCUGGAGGCGCCUUCCAUUCCUUAUCCAUCUCUUCGGCAACUUCAUCUUGAAGGAGUGAGCUUCGUGCCCAAGGCGAAGCGGAUUCCUUCACUGAAACGCUGGAUUUCUAAACGAAAGUCCGGCACAAAAAUCGAGCUGCUCGUCCUCAAAGAAUGCGGCCUCUCGGACAAGGAUAUCGCAUCGCUUCGGAAAGUGGUCACGGUUGUAGGUUGA